CAUAGCUUUUUCAAAAUUAAAAUUGAACUAGAAACCCACCAGCAAAAAUGUAGAAAGUUUACUGUCUCCGUAGAAGAGCAAGAAGCUAAAUUUAAUGAAACUCAAACAUUAUCCCACAUACGUUUUCUAAUGGCCAUUUUACUAAAGAAAAUCUCCUCAGAUCAAAAACUACAGCAAUUGGGUUUUGAGAAACGUUUAAUAGACAAUGUGGUCAUAGCAGCCUUAAAAUUGGCCAAACGUAAGUCCCAUGAUGACACGAAAUUGUCUUGCUUGGAGAGGAUGCGUUUAAAUGUGGAGGAAUUUCUUAAUUGGAUAGUUCCUUCCAAUGUUAUGGAAAAGUUUCGUGAAGAAAAUCAAUCUACAGAAAAUAUUUUGGAAAAAAUCGUUUCCAUGUACAUGAAACAAAAGUGAACUAUUCAUAUUACACAUCAGCUCAUUUCAUUAAGAGUAUAUAUUUUUUAUACUUGUCUACAACUUUAUAACACUAAACUCAUCAAUCAAAUUCAUUUUUUCAAGUGCCAUACGUAAGCAUUUUAUUAUUUAAAAUUUUUAUUUUUUUUUGCUUAUUAAGGCAGAUGGAUAUGUAAGUUUAGUUGAUUAAACUUAGAGAUAAUUGAAUUAAAUUUAAAUCAUAAAUUUAUGAUGUAUUGAUUAAACUUACAGUUCUGCUGCUGUAUUGUUAAUAAAAGGUAAAUAUAAAGCCCUAUAACUUAACUAAUAAACCAGUUAGUUGUGGCUUAUAUUUUUACUUUUUAUUAUUUCUCCCUUUUAAUAUUCUUUUUUAAGAAGAAUAUUUACUUGCCAUUUUUAGUAUAAAUCCAAAGUUUAGUUUUUAUUUUUAAUAUAGUUUCCCAAAGAAUUUACUUUAAGUUUUCCUACAAGAAAUCCAAAGAUUAUUUUAAAUUUUAAUUUUAUAUUAAAGCAAAACCCACCUUUAAUAACAAGAAAAAUAAGAAAAACCAAAUUGAAAAAGAAAACAAAUAAAUUUCAAGUUCGGUUAAGAAUUUUUUAAAUGAAUUAAAAAGCAAUUUUUUACCGAAUAUAUAUUUUAUCUUGCCACAUUUCUUUUAAGUCAUCAUUUAAGUUUAAGUCUUUAAUGAAAAAAGAAAAACAAUCAUACCAAAUUUAUGUUUAAUAAACUGAAAUCAUAUAAAUAAAACUGUUCAUAUAAAUAUUGUAUCUAUA